CCUCCAUCUACUGGCCCGCCGUGUACCAAUCCAUUGAGCUUGGCGAGAUUAGUGAUGAGGUAUCCCGGCACUGUGCCAAAUAUUUCAGAGCUUACAUCGCAUUCGUUUCUGCGGCCGAAUCCUCUUUCAAGAGCUGCCGGGUUAAUGGUUGGACUUUAGCUACAAGUAUCUUUAUCAUAACCAUGGCGGCCCUGAGAGCAAUGACACUUCCAUCGUUCGAUAAGCAGUUCAACAAUGAUACGCUACGCAACAGCUUUACUCGAGCCAUUCAAGUCUUUACAGAUAUAGGCACUUAUAGUCCUUCAUUGGCUGCCCUGGGGCGUAUAUUGGACGAACGAGUGGCUGGUAUGCGAAAACAGACCUCGGGCCUUAGUGAUCGCUCAAUGCUGAGCUACGAAGAAUGGGGAUCGAACAAUGGCAACUCACGGAAAUCUUGUCAUACCAUACCAUAGUAGCGGAACGAUAUGCUCCUCACAAGUGAAAGCAUUUGUCCACCUAGUAGUUGAUCUUCGCAUCGUCGGCAGAAGCUAUCAGAAGUCAAGGGAAAUGGCCUUGGCUCUUGCUAGGACCCGUGCAGGCUCCAAGUUGAUCGG